CAAAAAUCCCAUCAGAAAAAUCUGUUAAAACUGGGUUUUGCUCAUAAACCCUAAGAAUCCAAAUUUUCAAUCCCGAACGAGGUUCAACCUCCGUCCCAAACAGGUUAUUCUUCCCUCUAAUCUUUUAUGUUCUUCUUCUUUUUUUCCUUUUUAUUGUUUUUUAUCAAUAACUAAACAAUUAAAAAUGGAACCUCUGCUUCUGCUUGCUUCAAACAAAGCUUCAAUAUCGGCCUCCUUCCCCCUGUUUCUCUCCUACAAAUCCUCAUUUCAUGAAAAACCAAAAAUUUCCAGGAAAUCUCAUUUUCAUCCCUCAAAAGGGGUUCCAGAGAAAACGCCAUUUUUUGGUCGAAGCUUGGUUUUGCAAGAUAAGGCUUUUACUUCUUUGGGUAAUCUGAGAAAAACCCAUGUCCCUUUUGAGCCAAUAAGAGCUGUAGUUAAGAGAAGAAAAGAGCUUCCUUUUGAUAAUGUGAUUCAAAGGGACAAGAAGCUUAAAUUGGUCUUAAAGAUAAGGAAGAUUCUAGUGAGUCAACCUGAUAGAAUCAUGUCACUUAGGUCGUUGGGGAGAUAUAGAAGAGACUUAGGUCUUGAAAAAAGGCGUAGAUUUAUUGCUUUAUUGAGGAAGUUUCCUGGAGUGUUUGAAAUUAUGGAGGAGGGAGCUUUUUCACUGAGGUUUAGAUUGACACCUGAAGCUGAAAGGCUAUACUUGGAUGAGUUGAGAGUUAGGAAUGAAAUGGAAGGUUUGCUGGUUGUUAAGUUGAGGAAGUUGCUGAUGAUGUCAAUGGAGAAGCGGAUUCUGUUGGAGAAGAUUGCACAUUUGAGGACUGAUAUUGGGCUUCCUUUAGAGUUUCGUGAUACAAUUUGUCAGCGAUACCCUCAGUAUUUUCGUGUAGUUCAAACUGAACGAGGCCCUGCUUUGGAGUUAACUCAUUGGGAUCCUGAGCUUGCUGUAUCAGCUGCUGAACUAGCUGAAGAGGAAAAUCGAGCUAGAGAGUUGGAAGAGAAGAACUUGAUUAUAGAUAGACCGCUUAAAUUCAAUAGAAUUAAGCUUCCCAAGGGUCUUAAUCUUUCUAAGGGUGAAAUGAGAAGGCUAUGCCAGUUUAGAGACAUGCCUUAUAUAAGCCCUUAUUCAGACUUUUCAGGAUUGAGAUCAGGAACACCUGAGAAGGAGAAGCAUGCUUGCGGGGUGGUACAUGAGAUUUUGAGCCUCGCUGUUGAGAAGAGAACACUUGUAGAUCACCUCACUCAUUUCCGAGAGGAGUUUAGAUUCUCUCAGCAACUUCGAGGGAUGAUAAUAAGGCACCCUGAUAUGUUCUAUGUGUCUUUGAAAGGGGAUAGGGAUUCUGUUUUUCUUAGGGAAGCUUAUCGUGAUUCUCAAUUGAUAGAUAAGGAUCCACUGUUGCUUAUUAAAGAGAAGUUUCGCUCUCUUGUUGCCAUUCCUAGGUUCCCAAAAAGGGGUAGUUCAAAGAAAGAUGCAGAUAAUAAUGAAGAAAGCAACAUGCAAGAGGAGGCAAGUGAUGAGGAAGAAGAAGAAGGAUAUUCUGAUAUGGAUAGUUAUCUGAGUGAUGGUGGGUUUGGUGAUGAUGAGGGUGGCAAAGAUGAUGACUAUGCGGAUGAUUGGAGCGAUGAUGAUGAUGGUGAUGCACCACCAGAUUUUGAUGACAAUGAUGAGCUUGUUAAUGUUGGGUCGAGCAAACCAACUAAACAAACAGCUUUCUCAGCCAAGAAAGAGGAAGAAAGGCGUGCUCCUGUAUUUCCUGAUGGUCGGCCAAGAGAGCGUUGGUAAAAAGAUACCAAAUUUGCUAUAAAAUGAAGACCCCACUCCUUUUGACUCCUAAAUAGUUGCUUAUCGUUGCUUGGCUUCAAAAGGGCAUCUCAUUUAGGUUCCUUUGCUGCUCAGAUUGUAACCAGAUGUCUACUAUUCACAAAUGUACAGGGCUUAUCUGAAAAUAAUUUUAAUAAAUUUUUAAACGAUAAGGAAUGUUUGGGAACUUUGUAAAAUGAAUUCAUUAUGUUUACCAAAUUGCAGAGCUACGCUGCUAUUCGUGGUUGUUAGUAUCCGGCUGAUUAGUACCGUUUGAGUCUUUAAUUCGGCACCAAAAAAAUUUAGGUA